AUGGCUCUCAACAUCCCCGGCGUGGCCGUUAUGGUUUUCUUCUACCUGCUGGUCCUCGGAAUCGGCAUCUGGGCUUCCAUCAAGUCCAAAAAGGAAGCCAAGAGGGGCCAGGGGGAUAAGACCGAGAUGGCUCUGCUGGGUAACCGGGGCAUCAACCUGGUGGUCGGCAUCUUCACCAUGACAGCUACAUGGGUUGGAGGUGGAUUCAUUGUGGGCACAGCAGAGGCAGUGUACAACCCCUCCAUGGGACUGAUCUGGGCCGUCAUGCCAAUUGCAGCAACCCUGUGUUUCAUCAUUGGUGGCCUGUUCUUCGCUGAGCCGAUGAGAAACAAUAAAUAUGUGACCAUGAUGGAUCCUUUCCAGAUCAAAUAUGGAAAAGUGCCGACGGCAGCUCUGUCGCUGGCUUCACUCAUGUCAGAGAUUAUGUGGGUGACAGGAACACUCAUAGGAUUAGGUGUAACUAUGAGCGUGAUCCUGGAUUUGCCUUACACUGUGAGCAUCUGGAUCUCUGCUGCUGUGGCCAUCACCUACACUCUGCUGGGAGGCCUCUACUCUGUGGCCUACACAGAUAUUAUACAGCUCAUUCUCAUUUUCGUUAGCUUGUGGCUGUGUGUCCCUUUUGCCCUGAUGAGCCCCGCUGUGUUGGACAUCACAGAGACAGCCUACAACUACACCUUCCAGUCUCCAUGGGUCGGUACUCUGGGGGCGGACAGAGCCUGGAGGUGGAUCGAUAACUUUCUCCUGCUGGGUUUGGGAAACUUGGGUCUUCAGAACUUCCACCAGAGGACGCUGUCCGCUGCCUCCUCAGCUACAGCCAAGAUCACCUGCUUCACUGCCGCAUUCAUCGUUCCCACGUUAGGCAUCCCGCCCAUACUCCUCGGCGCAGCGGCUGCAUCAACAAACUGGAACCUGACCUCUUACGGAUCUCCGUCUCCUUUUGAACGGGGGGAGACGGGACUCAUCCUGCCCAUCGUCCUGCAGCGCCUCACCCCGACCUACAUCUCCAUCAUCGGCAUCGGGGCAGUGGCCGCCGCUGUGAUGUCCUCCACUGACUCCGCCCUGCUGUCUGCAGCGUCUAUCUUCACCUCCAACAUCUACAAGAACAUCCUGAGGACACAGGCGUCAGAGCAGGAGAUCCAGUGGGUGAUCCGGGCCUCAGUGGUAGUGGUGGGCCUGGCCGGCACAUCUCUCACCUUCCUGGACAACAGCGUCCUGAUGAUCUGGAUGCUUCGCUCUGACCUCACCUACACCCUGAUGCUGCCGCAGCUCGUCUGCGUCCUCUUCUUCAGCGUCUCGAACGGUUACGGGGCCGUUCUGGGCUGUGCGGUGGGCGUGCUGUUGCGGGUGCUGUGCGGGGAGCCGCUGCUUGGGAUAUCGCCUGUAAUCCAGUUCCCAGGAUGCACUCUGGUAAAUGGUGUCUACAUCCAGCAGUCCCCAAUCAGAACCAUCUGCAUGCUGUCUGCUGUGGUGGCCAUCUUGUCGUUCUCCUACCUGGCGUCUCUGCUCUUUAACAGAGGCCUGAUUCCUGAGAAGUGGGAUGUUUUUAAUAUAAAAGCUCAGUACUCAACACAAACACAGGGUGGCGCUAAAUUGGACACUAAGGACCUGACCUUGAAAGAACAAAAUGAGAACAAUGAAGCGUGUGAGCCCAUGUUAGAAUCAACAUGUUAAGUAAGAAAUCUUAUUUGACAUGUAUUUUUCAUCUGUUUGGACUCAUUUAAGAACAAAUGUAUGUGAUGUGUAAUGACACAUUUUUAAUUACAGUACAGUAUAUUUUCAUUUUGUAUACUUUUAUAUGCAGCACAAAUACAUCACACCUAUGCUCUUUGUUUUAAGAGCUCAGCAAGUUCUCUGCAAUUUUAUGCAGCAGUGACACUUUGAAGCAUU